GCAAGUUCCGUCUGUGCUGACGGCCAAGAGGCUCCCUGGGGCCUCCCUGACCGCCUCACCUGCCACCCCCCGGAGAUGCCAGCAGCUGCUCCCGCUCGCUGAACCCCCCCCCCCCCGGGGAACCCAUACCCACUCCGGGCCCCCGGAAACACACCGCAGGGAGGAGGCCUGGAAAUGACCCCUGACGAGCUCCCCCCGCAGAGCCGGGCUCUCUGUCUCACUGUGUGUGGGUUAAUUUGGGUGGGAGAUCGAGGGUCACUGGCUAAGCCUGGAGCUGAAUAAAUCUUGUCAUGUAUCGUCCCCGCUCCACCGGAGCCGUCAGCUGGGGCCAGACCUCCCCGGCACCCCAGACGCUUGGGCCGCCACUCUGGUUUGCUGAGUCACUGGGGAAGGAGCGCCACAGGCUGACAGGCACAACACGGCUCACCUCCACCCUCAGAGGGACGGAUCCGCCAGCCCCCCGCCCCUCCCAGGGCCAGGGAACUGUUUUCCUGGUGACACACUUAGCUUUCCUGAAGCAGGAACUUCCAGCCCCAGGGCAGGCAAAAACCUCCCCAGUCCGUGGCCACAGGGCCUUUGCUGGGGACCUGCCCCACCCUGCCCUUGACAGGCCUGGCCACCCAGCCGCCCAGGCUCUGACAGGAUACAGGAUACGAAAGCCCCAAACGCAGGGCCUCCUUCCUGCGGUGUGCCUGUGGCAGGAAGUACACGCUCACCAGGUACGAGUGGAGGCAGGGUUGGCCAGGCCUCUGCUGCUGCUGCCGGCCGGGCCCUGGGACAGGGACUGAGAUCCCAGCUGAGGAUGCGAGGGCUGAGGGGACUGAAGGCAGGUAGGACGGUCCUCCAGGCCUUUCCUGCUCUGUGUGGCAGCCGCUUCACCUGCGUCCCGUCUGCUGGAGCAGGGGCGGGAGAGCGGCUGAGCCAGGCUGGUGCUGACACUCGUGGAGUCAACGGAACUGCAGAAGGCCGGACCGGCCUGGAAAAUGGCCCCGUGGCCGUUUCCCUCCCGCUUCAGAGGUGCCUUGGGGCUCCCUCGCUUACCCCGGGGACCUUGGGUUCAACUGUGCCUCAGCUCCUGUCCCCUAGAUCGGUUCUGUCAUGACGAAUGCCGCCUGAAGUGGCCAAGGGAGGGGGGCGGGUGAGAUGAGCAGAGGCCGAGCUCAGCCAUCAGCAACGUCUACACCUGUGGACUACACACCCCAGCACGGCAUUUGCUGAAGCACUGGAAUUGCGGGGCCCCUAAAGAAACUCUAGGAAGGGAGAGUCACAAAGGUGUCCCACAGCAGUGACCAGGGCCUCAGGGCCUGAGUCACGGGUCCUCAGACACCGAGGCUUCCCACAGGGAGCAGGAGACCCACGUCCGCCCCUCUCCAGCCCCAUCUGCCUCUGGUUCCAGCUGCUUGUCGGCGUGGCGGUGGGGUCUGGGCCCUGGACGGCCCAGCACGCCAGUACCCCCCGGGCCUCUCCGCUGCCUCGGCCUCCUGGGGUCCACAGAGGCUUUCAUUCCAGGAACGAUCUUCACUCCCGCAGGCUCAGAGCCUUGUAGCGAUGCCCUCAUUCCUGCUCCGGAGUCUCCGAAGCUAAGUGGUGGCCUGGGGAGCCUGCUGGGAAAAGAGGCCCAUCUGCUUGCUGCCUUCCCAGAAGUGGCAUGGCGACUGGACGCAGGUGGGCCUCGCAGGCCUGAGCAAGCGUCCUUGGCUUGUCCUUGGCCACGGCUGACUCGCUUCUUACCAGCUUACUGGAAAUCCCUGCUCUCGGCCAGGCCUGUCUUAUUACCAGACACAGCCCUUGGCCACGUGUGAAGUCCUGUGGCUCCGCCCACAGCGUGUCCUUGUGCUCGUCUGCUCUCUGCCCUGGCCUGUGACAGGUCGAAGCCCCCAGGUCAGGAUCAGCCUUGCCCUCUCGCCCCGGCACUGCCUGUCAGCACCUCACGCGGGCGUCCUUGGAGCACCCCGCCUCUUCUGCUUUCCCUCACGAGGGGAGACCCGCCCCAGUGUGGUGACAGAGUGCCAGGCACACCCGGACUUGGGGACUCACUGGGUCUCGAGGCAAUUCAUCGCCCCGUUCCGAUUGCCAGAAAUUUCCCCUUCUGUUACACAUAAGCUGUGUCCCGCAAUCCCCUUCUGACCCUGGCGGCAGCCCCCAGGGCCUCCUUCCCAGGAGAGCUUUUCAGAAAUAGUGACCUCCUCCACCUCUUCCCCCCCGCCCCCACCACCACCGUCGUGGUUUUGACUCCCUUCGCCACGUGGAUUCUAUCUCCAGUCUGUCCAUUCCUCUGUCCUCAAGGCCGGGAACUGGGGAUAUGAGCCAGGGAUUAAUCGCACGGAGUAAGCUUCCGAAAGUCACGGGGGCCAUUGGAAGGCCUGAGCUUAGAGAUAAUUUCCCUUCUCUGCAAAGGCCAGGCAUUUAGUCCAAAUGGGCAGAGUCGGGCGAGGGCCAGGCCAGCAGGGGACAGCAGCCACAGCCCAGAUGGCCAUCCCAGAAACACAAGCUACCGUCCCCAGCCUGAGACGCAAGACGGCCGCUGAUCUCUUCUCCUAGAGGCUCGUCGCCGCGGCCCCCGGAGCCCGGCCGCCGCCGCCACCAGCGCCCGGGUGGGCCCCGUGCGCCCCGGGCGCGGCUCCGCAGUGAGCCCCCCAGGAAGCGGCCUGCGGACGCGCCGCCAUGGGGCUUAAGCUGUCCUGCCUGAAAGGCUUCGCUGCGGGCCUCCCCGGCGCGGGGCACAGAGGAGGCAUGCGGCGCCAGCUUAUCGUUUUGGGUUUUAAUCGUGGCGAAACCAGCAGCAGCAGCCAUGACGAGGCCCCCGUCCUGAGCGACAAGCACCUGGACGUGCCCAACAUCAUCAUCACCCCCCCGACCCCCACGGGCAUGAUGCUGCCGCGGGACUCCGGGCAGACAGUCUGGCUGGACGAGGCAGGGCCGUGCCCAGAGGACGGAGACAUAGACCCCGAAGCCUGAGGAAGGGGCACGGGUCGGAGAGCGUCCUCCCCGGCUCCUGCUCCGGCCGGCCCCGGCUCCACAAGUCCCUGGGGGCGAGGCUGCCUGGGACAGAUGCGCUGCGACCCCUGGACGGGAAAACAAAGGCUCCUGGUGCCCGGCAGGUCGCAGGACGAGCAAGGAAGGAGCCCUGCUUGCGUCCGGAACCGUGUUUCCCAGACCCCACUGAGCGGACCGGACCUCCACUGCCCAUGCAUUCGUGCUGCCCCCGGAGCCGUGGCGACGGCCGUCAGGACGCGCUCACCCUCCCCGCGCCCCGGGCCACGCAGACGGGCACGCGGGAGGUCCACACACACUCAAGAACUCCUUGCAGAGGAGUGACUGUUUUGUACAUGUGGUUUUACAGCUACCGAAACAGCCCAAAAAGUGGCUUAUGAUUUCUUUUUUGCAUUAUAAAUAAAGGCCAUCUGUAACGA